CCACGUUUGGUUUCUGUUUCACAAAAAUGAAAGUCGAGAUAUCCCGUCAUUAUAAAAGGAUCGGCCCUUCGUUCAGUUUUAUUCCUUAACAGCUUCACGGGAUCCCUGCCUAUUUUCGAUAUGCAGUCCAACAAGACGUCUGGGGGUAAAACGAUGGUCUUCUUUGACCUGGAGGCCACGGGAUUAGAAACCUGGCGGUGUGAGAUCAUCCAGCUGGCAGCCAUCAGCGGCGAGCGCACCUUCAACGUGUACAUGAUGCCCGAGAUCGCCAUCGACAGAGGGGCAGCGGAGGUCACGGGCUUCAGCGUCCGAGAUGGCGAACUCCUCCUGCAGGGUACAGCCGUGCCGACCGUCACCUUGACCGAGGCCCUGACCUCCUUCCUUGACUUCCUGCAGUCCUUAGAGCAGCCCGUGCUGCUGACCGCACACGGCGCCAGACGCUUUGACAAACCUGUACUGGACAGAGCGCUACUCAAGUGUUCCCUCACCAGGCAGUUCCAGCAGCUGGGCUCCAGAUACUUGGACACCUUCCUACUCAGUAAGGCGCUCUAUCCAAGGAUACGUAGCUAUUCACAGGUGAACCUGGUGCGGCACUUCCUGGGGAAAACCUACAAUGCCCAUAAUGCAUUGGAGGAUGUUAGGGCUCUGCAGGAGCUGUACAGUUGUUGGGAUCCCAGUGAAAAGACUUUGAAUCGGUGUACAUCAUAGCAGCUAAGAAAUGUCAUCGACUUACAUUUACAUUUAGGGCAUUUAGCAGACGCUUUUAUCCAAAACGAAUUACAUUAUGUACAUUUGUCAUAAGAAAGUGAAACAAUAUAUCGCCGUCGGUAAAAUAAGGAGUUACCGAAGGAGUAUUUACCGACUUACUGAAAACUGCAAGUUUAAUGCACCAAUCAUCGAUCGACUCGUUUUAUUUGAUUGCAGUUUGAUUUUCGUUCUGCUUAUAUUGCUUUUGUGUUUUAAAAUGAUAUAACUUGUGUUCCCAUUGGUAUUUUGGUGUGAUAAACUCUAUCUCAAAACCAAUUUAAUCUUUCUUUAUUCUAUCAUUCAAAGUCAAUGGAUUGACGUAUGUCAUUGUUAUCAUGGGAUAUUCUCUACCUGUAAAUGCCACACUUGUUGUGGACGAUAUGGGUAAGGUCCUGAGGAACAUAAAAAAUGCUGCCUGGUCACUAUGAUUGUUUUGUGCAAAACCAACAAGAAAAUUAAAAAUUUCCGAACCUA